CUUUUCUUCUGUCAAAAUCUGAAUUUUGAAGAAUUCGGGCAAAUUUGGCAAUUUGAUCAAAUUGUUUAUUCAGUUUGCGUGCUCAGACGGCCGCCGCACCAGUUCGGUUCAAGUUGAAGGCAAGGGAAUAUUAUUUUUAGCCAGUAGGCCACAGCUAAGAACACUUCUGGCCUGUCUACAAAUUUUCUAUUUGGCUGUGUCUGCAAAUAAAUCAAACACUUUCGUAUCAUAUCAAGAGAAGCAAAAGCAGGAAAAAUGCCCAUCAUUCGGCUGGAGUCUUCCGACAAGGAGAUAUUCGACACGGACCAGGAGAUAGCCAAGUGCUCGGAAACGAUUCGCACGGCUCUCGAGGAUCUGGGCGAUGAGAGCGACAACAGUGUGCUGCCCUUGCCGAAUGUCAACUCGCUGAUCCUGAAGAAGGUGCUCCACUGGGCCACCUACCACAAGGAUGAUACCAUGGUGACCGAGGAGGACGAGAACAAGGAGAAGCGCACGGAUGAUAUCUCUUCGUGGGACGCCGAUUUCCUCAAAGUGGACCAGGGCACCCUGUUCGAGCUGAUCCUGGCCGCCAACUACCUCAAUAUCCAGGGCCUCCUGGACGUCACCUGCAAGACGGUGGCCAACAUGAUCAAGGGCAAGUUGCCGCAGGAAAUCCGCGACACGUUCGCCAUCAACAACGACUUUUCGCCGCAGGAGGAGGAGCAGGUGCGCAAGGAGAACGAGUGGUGCGAGGAUAAAUAGCUGGAGAUGCCUCAUUAGCCCAUUGGAAGGAUUGUUAAAGUUCUUAUAUUAUCAAAAUAAAUCAUUGCAAAAGCAUUGCUUCUAA